CGAUUCUAACCUCCACUGCAUCUGUCUCAACAGUAUAUGCUGCAGACUGUGGAAUAAGUCUGAUUUUGCGAAAGAUCAGUUCGAGUUUUCUGAGGAUCAUGGAUAUUUAAAACAAAUCAGGAGGGUUUUUUUGUUUUGUUUUGGAAAGACGGAUUGAAGCGAGGGAGAAAAUGACCCACAUGUUAAAGGCAGCGGCAAAUGGAGUGAAAUGGACCAGAUCUAGGACUGCUAAAAGGGUCGCCUGCCUGAUGGCUGCGGCAUAUGCUCUGAAAACUCUCUAUCCCGUUAUUGGCAAGCGUCUAAAGCAGCCCGACUGCAAAAAGAACCUAGAGGAAAUUUGCCCGACUGCAGAGAAUCAGGGGAAACUGCAUUGCACUGAGGGCUCUUGGAAGAAAGCUCCUGGAGUGAAUGCAGAUUUUUUCAAACAGCUUCUGCAGCUUCGGAAAAUUCUCUUUCCCAAACUUGUGACCACCGAAACAGGUUGGCUAUGCCUUCAUUCCGUGGCUUUAAUCUCAAGAACUUUUCUUUCUAUCUAUGUGGCUAGCCUAGAUGGAAAAAUUGUGAAGAGCAUUGUGGAAAAAAAACCUGGGACUUUCAUUAUUAAAUUAAUCAAAUGGCUUAUGAUUGCAAUUCCUGCAACAUUUGUGAACAGCGCAAUAAGGUAUCUGGAGUGCAAGCUUGCUUUGGCUUUCAGAACUCGUUUGGUAGAUCAUGCCUAUGAGACCUAUUUCACAAAUCAGACUUAUUAUAAGGUGAUCAAUAUGGAUGGGAGACUUGCAAACCCUGAUCAGUCUCUUACUGAGGAUAUUAUGAUGUUCUCCCAGUCUGUAGCUCACUUGUAUUCUAAUCUAACCAAACCCAUUUUGGAUGUAAUGCUGACUUCCUAUACUCUCAUCCAAACUGCUACAUCCAAAGGAGCAAGCCCCAUUGGGCCUACAUUGCUGGCAGGGCUUGUAGUGUAUGCUACUGCCAAAGUAUUAAAAACCUGCUCUCCCAAAUUUGGUAAAUUGGUGGCUGAAGAAGCUCACAGGAAGGGGUAUUUGCGGUAUGUGCACUCCCGAAUUAUAGCCAAUGUGGAAGAAAUUGCCUUUUACAGAGGACAUAAGGUAGAAAUGAAACAACUGCAGGAAAGUUACAAGGCUUUAGCAGAGCAAAUGAAUCUCAUUUUAUCUAAACGUUUAUGGUACAUAAUGAUAGAGCAAUUCUUGAUGAAGUAUGUCUGGAGCAGCAGUGGACUGAUUAUGGUAGCUGUACCUAUUAUCACUGCAACUGGCUUUGCAGAUGGUGAUUUAGAGGAUGACCAGAAACAAGCUAUGGUUAGUGAACGUACAGAAGCCUUUACCACUGCACGAAAUUUAUUGGCCUCUGGAGCAGAUGCCAUUGAAAGGAUCAUGUCUUCAUACAAAGAGAUCACUGAAUUAGCAGGUUAUACUGCUCGAGUGUACAAUAUGUUUUGGGUCUUUGAAGAAGUAAACAAAGGAAUUUAUAAGAGAACUGCUAUUCAAGAGACUGAAAACCCUACCAGGAUUGGAGAUAAAAUAGAAUUAUCUUUCAGUGACACCUUAGAAAUCAAAGGAAAAGUUAUCGAUGUUGAUCAUGGAAUUAUUUGUGAAAAUGUUCCUAUUAUAACACCAGCUGGAGAAGUGGUGGUUUCCAGGCUAAACUUCAAAGUACAAGAAGGAAUGCAUCUUCUGAUAACUGGUCCCAAUGGUUGUGGGAAAAGUUCUCUCUUCAGGAUUUUAAGUGGGCUUUGGCCUGUGUAUGAAGGAGUCCUCUAUAAACCCCCACCUCAGAAUAUGUUCUAUAUUCCACAAAGGCCCUACAUGUCUCUUGGAACUCUUCGGGAUCAAGUUAUUUACCCUGACUCUGUAGAUGAUAUGCAUGAGAAAGGAUAUAAUGACCACAACCUGGAAUGCAUUCUCCACAAUGUCCAUCUCUAUCACAUUGUUCAGAGAGAAGGAGGGUGGGAUGCUGUCAUGGAUUGGAAGGAUGUCCUUUCAGGAGGAGAGAAGCAGAGAAUGGGCAUGGCUCGGAUGUUCUAUCAUAAACCAAAAUAUGCACUGUUGGAUGAAUGUACUAGUGCAGUCAGCAUUGAUGUUGAAGGGAAGAUAUUUCAGGCUGCAAAAGGUGCUGGAAUAUCCUUGUUGUCAAUUACACACAGGCCUUCUCUUUGGAAAUACCAUACUCAUUUAUUACAGUUUGAUGGAGAAGGAGGUUGGCGCUUUGAACAACUGGAUACAGCUAUUCGUUUAUCACUGAGUGAAGAAAAACAAAAACUGGAAUCCCAACUAGCUGGCAUUCCCAAGAUGCAGCAGAGACUCAAUGAACUAUGCAAAAUUUUGGGAGAAGAUUCAGUGCUGAAAACAAUAAAAAAAGAAGAUGAAACAUCUUAAUUUGUUCUGAUGUGUUUUGGAAAUUUUUGUCAUUGCUGUUGAAGAUGUUAAUGAGACACUAUUAUAAUGCAUGCAUUAUGCUAACUUAAGCACAGAGGGAAAAAUCAGCCAAAAAUGAUUUAUGAGAUUUAUGCAUG